AAAGUAAUGUCUAUCACGACACGUAAUGUUCAAUGCUCUACAACUAGAGUCAAAGCUCAACUCAAAGCGCGCCAGUGUUGUUUGAGACGGCACGCGGGUUGGCGGCGGGGCCCGUGCCAUUACGAUAUUUACGCGCGUAAUUUUCAUUCCUUUCUCGGCGUGAUUUGGCGUCAGUGACAAAAACUUAAUAAAGACGAUGUUGUGUUGCACAGUGUAAAUAAACAACGCAGUUAAUAAAUAUAGUGGUCAGUGUGUAGUAUUUUAUUGAUCUAAAAGACAGAUAAAAAGUCAUAAGUGGAAAUUACUGAAUUUAAAAUCAGAAUAUGGCUCAUUGCUAAGUUGUGACAGUUAUUAGCGAAACAGACCGAAUAGACAAAACAAAAUGACAGCGUGGCUGUGGUUCGCCGCACUAGUCUGUGGCUCGCAGGCAGCGGUGCUGCCCCCUCCAUGGGCGGACGCCAAGCGCAACCCCUGCGCUACGCAUCCCCGAGGCUGGUUAAUGCUGUACUGGCCUGCCGAUGGAAAAUGCUAUACAAUUUAUAAGAAAGGCUACCCAUGUUCGGAGACGCAGGAGUUGAGCCCGGGGCGCUGGGGCGGGCGCACGGUGGCGGAAUGCAAGUGUCCGCCGGGCACUGCGCAGCUGCCACACUCCAACGUCUGCCACAAGCUGUUCGAGCGCGGCCCCUGUCGACCCGGGGAGUACUUCGCACCAGUGGAAGAGACAUUCAACAAGCGCGGGGUGCGGCAGGGCAUGUGCGUUCGGCCGCAGCAGUGCGCGGACUCGACGCUACUGUACUGGCCGGCGGACGGCCGCUGCUAUCACCGACUCACUCAGGGCCCAUGCUACCCUGGUACUAUUCUUGACCUCGGUACUGAUGGGUUAGCUAACUGCACCUGCGAGUCCGGUGGUCCAAAUUUCUGGUCGGAGGACGGUGGCUGCUACGCGCACUACACGCGAGGCCCGUGCGAACGCGGCCAGCUGUUCCUGCCCGGCGGUCGGUGCGGUUGCGACGCCUACCUGCCGCACUAUCACAACGACACUGGUGCUUGCUACGAGCUAGAUACGCUGGGUCCGUGCACGAAGGGGCACGUGUUCACGAUAGCUGAAGUAACUGAGCGGGGCUCGCGGGCGGAGUGCCGCUGCAAGUCGUUCCACGCGCGCGCCUUCGAUGGCUCCUGUUAUAGACUGUACACGCGAGGGCCUUGCAAGAAUGAUGAGAUGAUCGCUAGAGGAGGACGGUGUACUAAGGUGCCAUGUGGUCGCGGUCGUCUGUAUGUACCCGAGCGGCGGCGCUGCUACCGGCCGGGUGCGGGCGAGCCGUGCGCGCCGGGGGAGGUUCUCGCCUUCGACUUCGAGGCGCGUCCUGCUCUCGACGGCCUCAGUCACAACGGUGUCUGUGUCUGCGGCGCUGGUAUAUGUGCCAGUCGAGAGGUUGCAUCUUGUUCAUCGCGUAAAGGUGCAGUAACAUACAACAAUGCUUGUCACUUGCUGCACACGCAGGGUCCAUGUGCAGUUGACUCCUGGCUGGUGUGGCGAGACGACCAGGCCAAGUGUGAAUGUAGACCCAACCAAACAUGUGACAGUAUACAACAGAAAGAAAGUUGACAUAGGACUUUUUACAUUUAUAAAUGAUCUCGUCGUUAAGUUACUU